AUGGCAAAGCUGUUUGUCCAGUCGGUUAAAUGCCCAACCUGUGGACACGCUAAUGAUUUUGACUUCCGUUUUUGUCAACGUUGUGGCUACAAGCGAAAGGUUAUGACAACGCUUGUCAAGGAACACUCUGAUGUUAUCGUUGACCUUGAUGGAAUUGAAGUGCGAUUGCAGCCGUUACUUCACUACGAUCAGGCAACCAGUUAUAAAAAGCAGAAGGAUUCUCUUCAGAGGGAACUUGAGGCUUUUCUUGGUGCUCUGCCGGGUUUUGUUACCCUCGCGACAGUGACGCCUAGGGACUUGUGUCGCUUCCUGAUCUUUAAAGACAAGCGUGGCAAAACACAGGUACACCUCAAUAUAAUACGUGUGAAUUUUUGGGUCAGCGUGGUAAACAGUCAUGUGGCUGCCCCUUGAGAUUGUCGUACAAGACUGGGGACUCUUACAUAGGAAAGUUAAGAUCGAUUUUCCAUUCCAUUGGUCGGGACGGAGAGUGGGACAAGCGGCUAGGUCUUGGUAACCCAGCCUCUGAUAAAUUGGUUAAAGAUUACCUUCGUCUUGUCGCCGCGGAGCAGUUACAGGCCCGUGUUACUCCAAAACAAGCCACGCCAUUCUUUGUGGACAAAUUGACUCAGUUAUCGAAGUAUCUUGAAGGCGAGCUAGCGAGAUCAAAGUCGAAACUUGACCGUUUCAUUAUCGCACGUGACCAAGCUUAUUUUAAGUUGGCGUUCUUUAGUGGGGACCGCCCAGGAGAUCUUGGUCAGGUAAAAGUUCCGGAGAUCCUUCGUUUUCCAAAUGAUGAUGGGUUCUUAUUUAAUCAUAUCUGGGGUAAGACUUUGCGGGAUGGUGACAGUAAUGUCUUUGGUGUUCGCAGAAAUCCCCAGUCGGUCAUCUGUCCUGUGAAGGGCGUUGAGCAAUAUGUCGAAGUGGCAAGGGAGUUAGGCGUUGAUUUAACAAAGGGAUAUUUGUUUCGUCCGACAACUUCUAAUAAUGGUGUCCAAGAUUCUCCAUUUAGUUCUUCAGCAGCAGAUGCGCGUCUUAAAGUGUAUCUCAAGCGGAUGAAAGCUGAUGAUGGUGAGACAUUGCAUGGCUUUCGUUCGGGUUGUGCGAUAACGUUGGCCCUCACAGGAGCGGAUCUGUCUGAGAUUAUGGAACACGUGGGUUGGGCUAGGGGGCAUACCGCCUUAUAUUACCUUGAGCUGGCCAAGGUUCUGAAACAUGAUGGCCCGUCGGGACGACUUGCUACGCUU